UCAGUGCUGUGGCGGUCGGUGCCCCGGCGGUCGGUGCCGCGUCCCGUCUGUACCCGCGACCCUCGGCGCGGCCAUGGCGGAGCCCCCGCGGCCGCAGCGGAAGCUGUCCCGGGUGGGGGAGAGCCUGUACCGCGUGCUGGGGCUGCAGAAGGGCAGCUCCCCCGAGGAGAUCAAGAAGGCCUAUCGGAAGCUGGCUCUCAAGUACCAUCCGGACAAGAACCCCGAUGACCCGGCGGCAGCUGAGCGGUUCAAGGAGAUCAACAGCGCCCACGCCACCCUGAGCGACGCAGACAAGCGCCGCCUGUACGACCAGUACGGCUCCCUUGGCCUCUACGUGGCUGAGCAGUUCGGCGAUGAUGCUGUCCGGCACUACUUCCUCAUGUCCAAGUGGUGGUUCCAGGCGCUGGUGCUGUGCUGCGGUGCCCUCACCUGCUGCUGCUGCUGCUGCUGCUGCUUCUUCUGCUGUGGGACAUGCUGCCCACCCAAGGAGGACGAGUCCUACAAGUACGUGGACCCCAAGGACCUGGAGGCACAGAUGCGUGCAGAGGACAGCGAUCCUCAGAUCCCUGUUGUAGCGCAGCCCCCGCCUGCCAGCACGGAGCCGCUGCCAGCCAGCACCAGGAGUGAUGCCUGAGGCUGGCCCCAUCCCGCCGACUCUCCCAGGACUCGGGGCAGGGAUCCUCCUUUGGGACUGUCACUUUCUGGGACCAUGGUCCCGCCCCCCGCACUGGCUCGUCAGCCUCGGGAGGGAUAGAAUCUCAGGUUAAUUUGGCCAGCAUCAAUGCACAGACUCCUGGGCCCUGCUCGAGCUCCAGGGCAAUGCCCCUGCGUCCCAGCCCUGGUGGUGGCAGUGGCCUGGAGCCCGUGCUGAUGUGGCCCCGUUUAGUGCCUUGCCCGUGCCCAUGUCGGGCACCGAGCACCAGGCACGAACGGAGAUGCUCCAGGCCGAGCUCCGUAGUUCUCGCGAGGGAGCUGAGCGCGUCCAAGACCAUUAGCACUGUAACCUCUGGGGCUGGGCUGCGCCCGCUGCCCCCUCAUGCAGCCCUCCCGACGGGUGCUGGGUGCCAAACGCUGCUGUGGGGUCGGGGUGCUUCUGUCUGUACCCCUUUCCUCUGCCCUCUGGGUUUGUUUAGGUUUUUGUGGGCACCAUUAAAGGCUGACGGGAGGGAAGUGCGUGUGUGCCUGGGCUCUGUCCAGGGCUGCCGGAACACUUGGCAGCAGGGUGUGCCUUUGUCUGGUGGUGUCUGUGCUGGGGACUGUGCCCAUGGAUCCUGCGGGGGUGGUGGACUGACCGGGGCGUGGAUUAGGCAGGUCAUGUCCUGAGUGGAGUGCUCCUGUCAAGUGGAGCGAAUGUCACUUGUCUCCUGUCACCCACCUGGUCACACUCUCUGUCUGCUGAUGCUGGCUCCCACAGGCUCUGCUCUUCCCCCUCCUCUCUGCUGCAGUCCUGGAGCCCUGCUCCCCACGGCCGGGCGCUGCCCCUGCUCCUGCUCCUGCCCUGCAGAGGGCUGGGAUGGGACCGAGGGGGACGCAGUGAGCCGCUUGCCCUUUCUUCCCAUCUCUGGUCACCACCUCUGCCUGCAGCUGCAUGGGCUCUGCCUCACUCCCUAAAUAUAGACAGGGUGCCAGGGUGAGUGAAGAUGGGGGUGUCCUGGCACCAGCCCCUCCGGCCUGCUCUUCGAGGGGCUGUGGGAUCCAGGGGACCCCAACCUCCCCAGCCCCGCUGCCUGCAGAGGGGGCACACACCCCUCCACAUGACACCGGGCAGCCCUGGUCCCCCGGAACCUCGGCCGCUCCUCCUCCCCACGCAGGGAUCAGCGGGUCCCGGGGCUCAGUCGGUCCCAGGGCAUCA